UUUUACCGCGCCACUUUUGAUUUGAAAGUGAAUGAAAAUAAAACUAACAAAGAGUACAUAUUGACUGCAGUAUCAGUCAUGAAAAAUAUAACAUUUGAAAUACAUAGUAAUGAACAGGAAAUACUAGUAUUGAACAAAAGCAUCACUAUUCUCAGAUACUGUAGAACUUUGUCUUGCGGUACGAAGAUGCAUAAAAAAUUAUACAAUCAAUUUAUCAGGAUAUUCAAUUACAGCAUUUAUUUUUUUUAUUGUGCAACAGUUAUAGCUGAUUUUAUGAUAAAUAAUAACAAUGACUUGGCAGUGGCUGUUGAAGAUGAAUGCGUGGCAGUUGGUUGGAUUAUAACAAUUUCUAAGAUACACAAUUUUUAUUUGAGACGUCAUAAAAUUAUUGAGAUAAUCAACGAUGUUCAAAGUCCAUUAGGAGCAUUUCGAGAAUCAUAUGAAAUUGGAUUCGAAUUAAUUUUGAAGAAAUAUAUGUUGUUUGCAACAUUCGACUGCUACCAAUUAAUAAUUAUUUUUUUGAUAUUUAUCGUGUCAGUUAUAACAAUAUCGAUUUGCAAACAAGAAUUACCAAUAAUUUAUAUUUUAUAAGCAGAGUCUUAACGUACAAUCAAUGGAUAUCGGGUUGGGAAGACGAAUAUAAUAGUAAUUUGGGAAUUGAUCAUUAAAAUUGGUAGUAUGUUUAUUUUAUCAAUUGAGACAUUUUGGUAUGAAAAUUUAUAUACUUUUUCAAUUUAAUUUUUUACAAAACUACAAUUAUUUCAUACUCAUAAUUUUUUAUUAUCAUUAAAUUAUCGUUUAAAGUAUUUGUAUAUUUAUAUACAUAUAUAAAUAUAUAUAUAUAUAUAUAUAUAUAUAUGUGUGUGUCCAUGCAUAAUAUUUUUUUGACAGAGGUUCUAUAAAGAGCUCACAUUCGGUUUUGUAUUAUUAAUUACAGCCACUGAUGAUGAUCUGCGUUAAAUGAUAAUAAUAUCACAUAAAAAAAAACAAAUUUGGAAAAUCCAAAAGUGCACGCCUCGAAAGCUCAUGUUAUGUUUUUUUUUUAAAGUUAAAUUUCGAAUAAAAUUGAACAUCCCGCUCUUUUCCCAUAGAAAUUUCUAUGGUAAAUAUACGGUAAUAAAAGUAAAAAAAAAAAUAAAUAAGGAGAACAUUCCUAAUGAAAAAUGGCGGCAGUGUGUGUUUGUUUACAUGUAAGAUUGCCGGUUUUAAUUGUAAUGAUUUAUUUUUAAAAAAACGAGAAGGCCUACAGUAGUGAUUUUCGAAAGGAACCUUCUUUGCUUAUUUCUGAAAAUUUUGAAAAAAAAAUUAAGUAGUUUCGUCAAGUCGUUCUCGAGAUAUCCGUACCACGCCGUUUUUUUUGAACCACAGACUAAUGGACGUCCACGAUAAAUUUUUUUUAAUAAACUUUUUUUUAUAUUAAUACAUAUUAGACAAAUUAAAAAAAGUAUCAGGAUUAUUUAUUAGUGUUUCAGCUUUAUAUUGAUGUGCUUUUCAUAAUGUGUAAGAGUAAUAGAAAAAAAAUAUAUGCACUUUAAUGAGUGGAAAUCGUGUGACCUUGACAGGUCGGUUAUAAAGCACAACCUCUCCGCUUCGCUUCCGAGGCGUGCAAUAUGAUAUUAAUCUCUGAAAAAAUCUCGAGUGUAAAUAUUUGGGCUCAACCUAAAAAUAUUUCACUCGAUCGUUUUUUAGCAAGUUUACUAUACACACAACAAUAGUUCGUAUUUAUUGGGAUAAUUUUAUAAUAUUUUGUAUAUGCUAGAAAUUGUUAAUAAAGCUUUUAAUAAAUUUGUAUGUAAGAAAUUGACAAAAAAUUCCAAGAUGACAAUCACAAUGAUAACGUUAUCACCUUCUCCAUAAAUCAUAACAUUAUAGUGGAGACCAGGGCACGAGGGUCAAUCUAAGCAAGUUGUAAUUUAUUGCAGCUCUUGAGCACCGGAUAUUAAUUAUUUCGAUUUACUUCGAGUAAAUCAAACAUUUUUUACAAUUAUUUUAAUCGAUAAGUUCAUUUCUUUCCGAGGUACAACAGCCCACUUUUAAAAAUCAUUUAAAAAAAACGUUAACCCUUAUAAUUGAUUUGAAAAUUUACAUUUUCGCUCUUUAUUUUAUUUAUAAGCUCAAAUAAAAUAACCUAUCAAAAAUACCUUUCA